AUGUCUAGUCAACGUCUUGUCCUAGGCCUCCCGCGUGUCUUGCCGUCGCUGCCGCCGUCCCUUGCGCCACCGUGCGGUCCUUGCGUCGAGGGUCGGCUGCGCGCCACCCCUCACUCCUCCUCCCUUCGUCCGGCCACCGAGCCUUUUGAGACACUCCACUUGGACGUCUGGGGCCCCGCCCCCCGCCCUAACCCUGAGCGUGAGCGUUUCUUUCUGGUGGUCGUUGACGACUACUCCCGCUACACCACAGUGUUCCCCCUGGCGAAGAAGUCUGAGGUGACUUCUACGCUGAUCAGGUGGUUGCUUACCACUGAGGACACUCGUGGUCGUCGUGUCAGCUGUCUUCACUCCGACCGUGGGGGUGAGUUUCGCUCCGGCAUUCUCGCUGGAUUCUGUCACGAGCAGGGCAUUCGUCAGUCCUGGACGCUUCCGGAGUCCCCACAGCAGAAUGGAGUUGCUGAGCGCCGCAUAGGCUUGGUCAUGGAGAUCGCCCGCACCUCCAUGACUCACGCCCGUGCCCCCCAUUUUCUGUGGCCCUACGCGGUUCGGUACGCCGCUCACCAGCUGAACCUCUGGCCACGUGUCUCUCGGCCAGAGGUUUCACCGACCAGUCUUUGGACCGGGUCCCCUGGUGUUGCGUCGCGGUUUCAUGUCAGGGGUUGCUUGGCGCUUGUUCGCGACACCUCCGCGGACAAGCUCUCGCCUCGCGCCGUUCCCUGUGUCUUCCUUGGUUUCCCUGAGGACUCCUCUGACUUCACCUUUUACCACCCUCCCUCUCACCGGUUCUUUGACUCCCGUGACGUCCGUUUUGAGGAGUCCACCCCCUACUACGUCAGGUACCCCUGUCGAGGUCUCCCGGUUCCUCCUCCCCCUCUCUUCCUCACUUCCGCUCCCCCUCCUGCUCCCACUGUACAGCCUCCCCCCCCUGGUCCAGCCCCGUCCGGUGUGUCCCACGCUACCCCUCCCCCCUCGGUAGCCCCUCAGGUGCAGCCUCCUUCCUUGCAGUCCUCCUCGCAGCCUACUGCACACCCUGCGGGAGCCGGUGUUCAUGGAGAGGACCCUGCAGGUGCUAUCUCUAGAGGCGUUGGAGUGGGAGCAGAGAGCGUACCUGUGCCGAGUCUUGGUUUUGGGGGUGCUGGAGUUGAGGUUGAGCCCGUGGCUGCGGGCGACUCUACUCUUCCGGGAGCUGGUGCUACGUCUGGGGGUGCUGCGUCUGGGGGUGAGGGAGCGGGUCCUGGUGAGCCUGGUCGUGUUACUGUUACUGGUGCUGACCCUGGGGGUGGUGCCCCUGGUGCUCUGGAGGGCCGUCCUGAGGCUGCUGCGGCCCCGGACACUACUCCUCCCCACCCCUACCCGACCCGCCACCAGGCUCGUGUUCGACGUGCCCGUGAGGAGCAGCUGGAGUUGGAGAGAGAGGAGCGAGAGUUGCAGCGGCUCGAGGAGCAGGAGCAGCAGCAGCAGCAGCAGCCGCCGCAGCAGCAGCAGCAGCAGCAGCCGUAG